AUGAAGUGGCUAAAUUACGCUGUGCAAAUAAUACUUUGGCUGCCAAGUUUUUUGGCGACCUAUAAUCCUUAUAAACUUAGUUUGGAAUUGCUUAAGCUAGAGCCAAUCUCUGGAUCUUAUACCAAAAACGAAGUAGCUUCUGUUGAGGAACUUUGGCUGGACCAAAAAGUUGACCAUUUCGAUAAACACAACAAUAAAACUUGGAAAAUGCGAUAUUUUCGUAAUGCGAAAUAUCACAAUCCCCAAGGACCCAUCUACAUAUUUGUCGGAGGUGAGUGGACCAUCAGUCCAGGAUUAAUGAGCACUGGUUUGACCCACGACAUGGCUGUGGAAAACUCUGGCAUGCUUUUCUACACCGAACAUCGCUAUUACGGAUUGAGCUUACCCUUUGGAGAAGAGAGUUUUAAACUGGAUAAUCUCAAGCAACUAAAUCUCCAUCAAUCAUUAGCUGACUUGGCUCACUUUAUACGCCAUCAGAAGUCGAAAAAUCCCAAAAUGAAAGACUCAAAAGUCAUUUUGGUUGGCGGCUCUUAUUCGGGAAGUUUGGUGGCCUGGAUGACUCAACUGUAUCCGGAUUUAAUAUCUGCCAGUUGGGCUUCCAGUGCUCCAUUAUUGGCCAAGGCGGAUUUUUAUGAGUACAUGGAAAUAGUCAGCGAUUCCAUUCAGCUAAGCUAUGGUCACAAUUGCUCUUUAAGAAUUGAAAAGGGUUUAAAAUUCUUGGUAAAACUAUUCGAUGACAAUCAAAUUCAGGAGCUGCUUUAUAAAUUCAAUGGCUGCGAGGACUAUAAUCCUAUGGAUACCCUGGAUAGGGCAGCUUUCUUUAAUGGUCUGGGCAACUAUUUUGCUUUGGUAGUGCAAAGUUAUGGUGCUUAUAUACCCCGCCUGUGUGAGACUUUAAUGUCUUUGGACUCCAAUGAUGAAGAGGCCUUUUUAAAAUUCUUGGAACUACUUUAUUCGGAAGGCCGGCGUUCCAGUGAUUGCCAGGACUUUGGUUACUCGUCCAUGCUGCAACUUUUCAGCGAGGAUGCAGAUCAAAGUAGUGGAACUCGUGCUUGGUUCUACCAAACCUGCAAUGAAUUUGGCUGGUACACGACCACAAAAUCGAAAUCCUCUGCGAACGAAGCCUUUGCCAAUCAGGUGCCCUUGUCCUACUUCGAAAAACUUUGCCACGAUGCGUUCGGAACGGAGCAGACGGCCCAGAAAUUGGCCGACGGCGUUGAGCAGACGAAUAGGAAAUUCGGCGGAAACGGGUUCAAUCAGAGCGAGCGUUAUGCUCAGGUAAUCUUCACGCAUGGCCAACUGGAUCCGUGGCGUGCUCUGGGCCAGCAAAAGGGCCAACAGGCUAUUGUCCUGACGGGCCACUCGCAUGUGGAGGAUUUGGCCAGCAUCCGGGUAACGGACAGCGUGCAGAUGAAUCUGGCCAAGCUGCGUGUGAUGUCCUUUCUGCGACGCCACAUAUGA